AUGGCACCCACCAGCACGACCGCGCUCGCGGACCCGCUCAUGCUCGACAAGAUCGACAAGCUCUUCGCCUGUGGUGUUGGUGAACUUGUUGACCUCCCUCAGAUUGUCGUCGUCGGUGACCAGUCGUCCGGAAAGUCCAGCGUGCUUGAAGGUCUCAUCCGCAAGCCACUGCCUCGUGACAGCGGACUCUGCACUCGAUUCGCCACACAGAUCGUCUUCCGCCGGGCUAAGGUCGAAGGCAUCGAAGUUUCCAUCAUUCCAGACAAGGAUGCCGAUCCUCAGCAUGUGGCCAGAGUGAAGAAGUGGGGAAAGAAAGUCGAGGAAGAGUUGGAUUCAGAGGUGUUCGUCAAGAUCAUGGAGGAGGUCCAUACCGAGAUGGGACUGGCCGGUUUCGGCGGCGACGAUGAUGGAGAGAAGCGACCAACAUUCUCGAACGACGUCCUGCGCCUGGAAAUUUCGGGACCUGAGCAAGAGCAUUUGAGCGUGAUUGAUGUUCCAGGCAUCUUCAAGUCGACAACAGAAGGAGUCACGACAAAGGCGGACAUCGCACUGGUGAGGAACAUGGUGCAUGGAUACAUGAACAACCCCCGCUCGGUCAUUCUUGCCGUGGUCCCUGCCAAUGUCGACGUUGCCACUCAGGAGAUUCUUGAGCUUGCCACGGAGGCUGAUCCUCAAGGAGAUCGUACGUUGGGCGUCCUCACCAAACCCGAUCUGAUGGAUAGAGGUACUGAGGGUCGGAGUGUGGAUCUGCUCGAAGGUCGUGCGCGGGUGAUGCAGUUGGGCUGGCACGUCAUUCGCAAUCCGGGUCAGAUGGAGAUGGCCGAGAAGAAUUUGGACCGAAACACUCUGGAGAGGGACUUCUUCCGCAACAAGGCGCCGUGGUCUGAUCUGGACGACGACAAGGUCGGCGUCGAUACCUUGCGGAUCCGACUCAAGGACGUGAUCUCCUCGCUGGUGAAGAGAGAAUUUCCGAAGGUGAAAGCAGAAAUCAAGAACCGAUUGAACGCUCGUCAAAAGCGGCUUGAUCAACUCGGACCCGAGCGCAGAGGUACCAUGGAGCAGAUGGCGUACUUGACCAAGAUGGCAGCUCAGUUCCAGCGCAUUGCCUCCCUAGCGCUCAGCGCCAACUACGGUGCUGACGACGUCUUCAACGACGAUUCCAGCCUUCGCAUUGCUCCUGCAAUUAUGGCUCGUAUGAAGACGUUCUCCGAUGACAUGGCCAAGCUCGGUCAUGAGUACGAAUUCAUGUCGGUUCAGGAGAAGGACGACCCAUCGGCCGCCAUUGCAUUGGCAUUAGCGACGUCAGCCGCACCACUCACGCCGGUCAAGCUGGACACCUUCAAGAUUCGAGAGCAAGAAGACGUCGAGGAGCUGACCGAGAUCUUGCAUGCCCAGUCUGACCUUUGCUGUCCGCUGACUGAUGGCAUGGAAGACUGGCUGAAUCGCGUCUUCCGAGGCAAUCGUGGUUUCGAGCUGGGCACCUUCAACGCCACCAUUCUCUCGACCGCGAUGAAGAAGCAGUCGCAGAAGUGGGCAGAUAUUACCAAAGGUUUCCUCAGCGACAUCAUCGUCAUGGUGCACAGGUUCAUCCUCGGGGCCUUGAAGGUCGUCUGCAAUGACACCGAAAUCCGCACGGCCGUCAAGAACACUCUCGCCGAAGACUUGGCAAAGUGCUACCACAAAGCCAUGGAGAACGCCAACUUCCUGCUCAAAGUCGAGAGCUGUGACACUCCCACAACUCUCAACCACUACUUCAACGACAAUCUGCAGAAGAGUCGUCAUGGUAAGGUGGUCGCCGGCAUGAAACGUAAAGCCUUCACGAUCCAGGGCUACGGAGAAUGCGUGAAGCUCGACACUGCUACCGCUCCCAUCAACAACAUGUCCAAUGAGGACCACGUCAUCCAUGACAUCCACGACAUCCUCAUGUCGUACUACAAGGUCAGCAGGAAGACAUUCGUCGACAGCAUCUGCAAGCAGGCCGUCAGCCACUACCUCCUCCACUGCGAGACCAGUCCGCUCGCGCUGUUCUCGCCAAUCUGGGUCAGCCAGCUCUCUGUGGCGGCCUUGGAGGAGAUCGCUGGAGAGGCACCGGCGGUUCGCAGGUCAAGAGCUCUUCUAACCAAGGAGAUCGGCAGCUUGAGAGAGUCGAUGAAGAUUUUGGCAUGGAAUUGA